GAAAUCAGACCCUGUGAAACAAAAUAAAAUGAUGGAAAUCCGACCGGAAAACAAACGUUGGUUGCGUUAAUUGCCGUGGGAGCGCUCGGAAAUUGCUAACUCCAGCCAGCAAAACGCAUGAAGGAAAAACGCUCCUUUUAUGAGUUAGGGUUACGAAAUUACGUUAGGGAGUAAAUAAGUUGAGAUAUAGCUUCCUACCCUUUUUUUUUAUAAUCACGACGGAUGAAAUUACUUAUUCUCAGAGUGGAUUUUCGGCACUAAUGGAAUAAUUAUUGAAGGAGAGGAUGUUGUCCGCGGCUCUCACUGCCCGUGGAUACUAACUCUGGGAAGCUGAUAGUCGGUCCUCCUUUUCCCCCGCUCACCUGGAAAUGGCGGCGAGCUGCUCCGAGACCUUCAAGCCGGUCACUCAUGUCAUCUUUGACAUGGACGGCCUUCUCCUCGAUACGGAAAGACUGUACACUGUUGUGUUUGAUGAAAUCUGUGGCCGUUACAAUAAGAAGUUUACUUGGGAGUUGAAGUCCACAAUUAUGGGAAUGCAGUCCUUGAGCGCUGCCAAGAUUAUUUGCGACAGACUGGAACUCCCGCUCACUCCAGAGGAAUUUGUCAAGGAGUGUAAUCUUUUACAGGAGAGCCUGUUUGCUUCCACUGUUCUGAUGCCAGGCAUAGAGAGGAUAGUCUCCCACCUCCUCAAACACAACGUGCCAAUCGCAGUAGCUACCAGCUCGUCGAAGCAAAUGUUUGACCUAAAGACCACCAAGCACAAGAAGUUUUUCAGCUUAUUCCACCACAUUGUGUGUGGCGAUGACCCAGAAGUGAAGAAAAGCAAGCCCGCACCUGACAGCUUCCUGGUCUGUGCUAAGAGAUUUGAACCUAUGCCACCCGUUGAAAAGUGCCUUGUGUUUGAAGAUUCCCCGAAUGGAGUUUUGGCCGCGUUGGCAGCAGGCAUGCAGGUCAUCCAGAUUCCGGAUCCACAGCUUGACCCAAAACUGACGAAGCCAGCCAAUUUGGUACUCAAAUCAAUGGAUGAUUUCAAGCCAGAAUUGUUUGGUUUGCCUGCAUAUGAGUAAACACCUGAGACAGUCUCUUGACACAGAAUGAGAUUUGUCUCCUUUUUUCUCUCUCUCUCUCCCCCCCCUUUCUUCUCUCCCUCUUGCUCCCCAGAUCAUGUGCUGAGGGAAGACCAUUCACAUGCUUAUUGAAUCCUGCCAUUUCUCAAUUUGUACAAACUGUUUGAAAACAAAUGGAGGCACUCAUGCAACACUAACACUACCAAGGAUAAGACAAAAGCCGAGCCCUGCAUCUCUGCUAGCACCUCCACUACCAUCCAGGCCUUUAGGUUGGUCUGCUUUUAUGUUUCUUUGAUUGACUUGAAACAAAACUAAGGCAGCUAGUUUUGAUUUGCAAUACCACCGGAAACCUGUCGUAACAUUGGCGCUGUUGUUGUGAUCUAAAAGAAUUACCAUGUGAUUAUUUUCAGCUGUUUUUCUUUUUCAUUAGGAGUAGGUCACUGGGGAGUUGCCUUCAAAUAGAGAUCCAUGACGUGCAAGCACCACUGGUUUGGCCUUUCUUUCAUAGUGUGCCUUAGGUUCUUUUUCGAUCUUUUGGAUGACCAAUUGGAUGACAGUUAGCAGCCUCUUGGGUAUUCAGGACCAGGGUGUUAUUCGAGGUGCAGAGCUCAGCUUCUUCACAUGGGCCAAUACAAAUUUGCCAGUCACUGUAAAAUUCAUUGAUAUCAGCAGGAUUUACUUCCCAGUAUUUCUACCCGUGAAAGGAAAAUCUCAUUGCCACGUCAGUGUAACAAUGCAUUUCACCAUUGGGCUCGAGGUUAUUAGCCAUCUUUCCGCUGCUUCAAGCUGACUAUCCUGUUCUCAGUCAAGUCCUAAAUAGAAAAGAGCGAGCUAAUUCUAUCCUUGUGGUUUCCGAUUUGUUUUGACAGCUCUCUCACAGCUCUUGACGUCUUUGAAACUGUCCGAUUGAAGGAGUCACCUUAUUACUCAUUAUCUGCCAGCUAACGUCCUUUUAUUUUUUAUUGUGGUAUAAAAAUAUUCUUUAUGAUACUGUAUCACAAGACUGAAACAAAAAGACUAAAGGGUGAACAGUACUAGAUAUGCAGCACAGCACAGACCCACUCAAAAGUGAUAGGGAAAGACUGAUCAGCAGCUGAAAGCAAUGAGUGGAAAAUAAUAAAAUCAAAGCCUUUAAAUGACAGAGUAAACUGCAAGACCAAAGUUUGAAGCAAGAGAUUUGUAAUCUGAAUUCCAAGAUGAGAUACCUUUUUUAUAGUAAUGUCCUGCGCAUGUUCUUUUUUUAACAUUUUAAUUAUUGAGAACAGUAUUAUCAUUAUUUUUGUUUCCUUCACCCCCUCCUCCCAACCUCACCUCAGUGCCAUGUGUUAAUUUGUAUUUUGACAGCUAGGCAACAAGGGCACUCUGCACAAUUAUUUUGCCCUCCUCAUGAGGAUGCUGCCCACUGUUGUGAUUUUAUUACUUGUUUUUAAACAGCUGUGCUAUCACAGCUGCUGCCAUUCUGUCCAUCUUGACUUCAUUGCCAAUACCAACCAAACCCACGCAGCCGACAGGGUGGGGCAAAAAUUACCUCAAAAUGUACUCUACACGCCUGCAGAUGAUUGUGAGAUGGACUGUGGCUAUAUACUGUACACAGAAUUCCUCAUUGGUUCUGUUCAUGAAUAUGGACAGGUUUCACGUUGAAACAUUACUCAGGGCUCCAUAUACUUUCCUUCCGGCUCCCAACAGAUAUGGGCCUAGUAACUAAUUCUUUGCCCAGUGCUGCUAAAUUGAAAAUUUCACUUGUUCUCCAACAAACAAGAUGUUGUGAAUAGAUGACUAUGACUCUGGGAAAAUAUAUUUUCACUAAUUUUGGAAAUGUAAAAUUGUCUUAUUAGGGUCAUUCAGGCAUAUUGUUGGAGGAGAGUAACUGGGAGCUUUACUCUGCAUCUAUCUAACUGCACUGAACCUGAAGAUGGGUGCUUGAAAUGGGAAAUGAAUGAUCUUAGCACUAAUACCCUCACCUUUGUGGGGCACAGAUAUUCAAACAAAAACAUAAAACACAUCCACCUUUAAAUAGACCAUCCUAUAUAUAUAUAUGUUUAUAGCUUGGAAUAUAUUGUUAAAAUGAACAUGUUCGUUUUUUAUAGAUAUGCUAAAUAUGUCUUUCUAUUUCCUAUAUUUUCAAUUUUGAUGUUCCAGUAACUAUUGUUUGCAAAGUUUGCCUUUUAUUGGGAAUAAAUCUCUUUGUGAUGGCUA